AUGGUGUUGGAUGUGACAUUGGCUUGUAACGGUUACAAAGUUAAAGUUUUAAAAACCGAAAAUUGUGUUGAUGAUCCUGUUGUAGCUGCAGAUCCCGAAUUUACUCUUAAAUUGAAUAAGAAAUGUGAAUUCAUACCGACCGGUUGUAUUGUGAAUAAAGCUUUCAAAACCGCUGUGGCUAAGUACAAAGUUAUCAAAGAUGGCGUUGUUGUCAAAGAAGGUAAAGCUGAUACCUGCAACCUGGUAGGACAAGCUCCAGAUAAUAUUAAGAAAUAUAUGGAAAUAUUUGGUGCACCCACGUCAUGUCCCGUUGAAGAGGGUAAAAUAUGUGCAAAUGAUAAGAAAAUGGACAUAACCCAAUUUAAAUCAUUGCUUGGUCUGGCCCGUGGCGUCAUUUCCAUACAUACCGAUAUAACACAUGAUACAGGAAAAUCGUGUAUAAACCUUGAAGUAGAAGUUUCCAAAUAA